AUGGUCUACCAUCCGGAUGAGUACAAGGACGUGCCUCUCCGCACCGGCGGCAACGAGCUCGAAUUUUCGGCCCUCUUUAAGGACCGUCCUGUCGUCGGCACGCCCAAGAGUCCACAAGAAGGUGGCCGGGGUGGGCUGGUAUGCGACUACACGAAAACCAUGCCGAAAGGCUGGAGGUCAUGCUACGGGCCUAAGAAUAGAACGUGCUGGCUACGGAGGGGAGACGAGUAUAUCGACAUCAAUACCGACUAUGAGGACCCCGCCGAGGUUCCUCAGGGGAAGCUUAGACGGUUCCACCUGGAAGUGUCGGAGCAGCCCAUUUCUCCUAAUGGGAUGACCAUGGAGCACGGCAAGAUCUUUAACAGGAGGUACCCGGGGCCUUGGAUCGAGGCAUGCUGGGGUGAUACGAUCGAAAGCACCGUCAAGAAUAACCUGCGGUGGAACGGCACCUCGGUCCACUGGCAUGGCAUCCGCCAGUUCCGCUCGUUCCAGCACGACGGAGUCAACGGCAUCACUGAGUGCCCCAUCGCCCCGGGCGACUCCUUCACGUACCGGUUCCGGGCCCUGCAGUACGGCUCGGCGUGGUACCACAGCCACUAUUCGCUGCAGUACGGCGACGGCCUGCUCGGGCCCAUGACCAUCUACGGCCCGUCGACGGCUAACUAUGACGACGACCUAACCUUCCGCCCGCUGCUGCUCACGGACUGGAACCACCGCAGCGUGUUCGAGGACUGGCCGCUCAUGCUCGAGUCCGGGGCGGCGCCCUCCAUGACAAACAUUUUGAUCAACGGCACGGGCCAGUUUGGCUACGGCAAGUCGCCCGAGAAGUACACGCUCUAUCUGAACGCGACCAAAGACCACAAGUUGAUCCUCGUCGACACGACGUUUGUGUUCUCGAUUGAUGGCCACAAGCUUCGCGUGAUUGAGAUGGACUUUGUGCCCAUCAAGCCGUACGAGACAGACUCCAUCAAGAUUGGCAUCGGCCAGCGGUACCACGUCAUCGUCCACGGUCUGGAUAACCCGUACGAGCAAGAACGAUGGGCUAUCGUGCGGUACAAUUGGACUUACACAACCGUCAACACGACCGAGGAUGGUCCCCUGCCGCAACCUCUAUCGGAACCGCCUCUGUACGACAUAAAUUGUUCCGAUGAGCCGUACGAGAAGCUGGUUCCGCACAUUCCGUGGACGGUGGGCGACCCGGUCAAUAUCGACCCGACAUUAACUUGGGCCGACAUCGAUAAUAACAAAAUAAAGAACAACACGAAGUACGUCUUCAACGUGGGCAUGAUCAAGUCGGGCGGAAACGCAAGCUUCCCCUUAAAUGGUCCCUAUAUCCCGGACGACAAACAAUAUACCCGAUGGGACAUGCAUAUCGCGCCGUUCCGCAUCAACUUCUCGGACCCGACUCUCCUGGCCCUCGACCGGCUCGAGGACCUCGUCGACCGGCCUUAUUUGGACGUCAUCACGCUGGACAACGCAACCGAGGACCAGUGGAUCUGGAUGGUCAUCACGGCGCCCGACAAAGUCCCGCAGAACGGCGGCAAGAUCUUCUUCCCCGCCGCGCACCCCAUGCAUCUGCACGGCCACGACUUUGCCGUGCUCCGGCAGAGCGACAAGAACUGGUACAACGACUCGGCCAUCAACCACGUCGGCGAGCGCUGGAUGUUCACUCCCGACAAGCUCAACUGCCGUCACCCGAACCUCACGUGCGACAACCCGCCCCGGCGGGAUGUGGUGCUGCUGCCCGCCACGGGUUAUGUCAUUAUUGCCUUCAAGGCGGACAAUCCGGGGGCCUGGAUCUUCCAUUGCCACAUUGCCUUCCAUGCCUCGUCCGGCCUGGCCAUGCAAAUCAUCGAGAACAAGAACGAGAUCGAGGAGAUCAUGGAGCAUGACAAGCAGGACAUUGAGCAGUCUUGCGCGCGCUGGAGAGAGUGGCACAGUAACCCCGGGAACCAUUGGGACUGGCAUCAUCCGGACCACUUCCAUGACGAUUUGGGCGUGUAAAAGUGCUCUUAGAGGCAGUGGACACUGGAGGCGAUGUAUGGACACCGCCUGCGUGGCAACCUGGGACGGAGUUUGCGGCCACUGGUCGGGGACCCAUGGUCGUCGUGCUGUACCUCCUGCCUGGCAAGCAUAUACUUCUCGUCGAGACAGUGGUAGUGGAAGUGUGCCAACUUUAUCCAUACUCUGUCUUGCUACUGUAACCAG